AUGAAAACCGUCACCGUCUACGGCGCGACGUCCUACACUGGCAGCACGCAUCUGCUGCCGUACCUCGACACAAACUAUGCUGGACAGGUACACCUGAUCAUUGCGGGCCGCAACCGCUCAAAGCUCGAUGCUCUCAACGCCUCCCUCUCCGCCAUCAACGAGAAGCACCGCUCCGUCGCGGCGCUGAGCCUUGACGACCCCGCCGCCGUCAAGGCGCUCGUCGACAAGAGCGACGUUGUUAUUAACCUUGCUGGACCGUACGGAUUAUACAAUGCCCUCGAGCUUAUUGGUGCUUGCGCCAAGGCGGGCAAGCACUACCUCGACUUGAACGGAGAUGUUGGCAUGCUCGCGGCGGAUGUCGUGCCUCGCUGGGACUUUGCCGCGAGCCAGACCGGCUCAGUCAUCGUGCCGAUGUGUGGCUUCGAGAGCGCUCCUGGUGACUUGAUCGUGUACGAGGCUCUGCGGACGCUGCAGAACCACGUCGGCCGCAAUGUCGGUAUCGCGCACAGCACGACGUUCUACGACAUUGUCGGCUCCGUUUCGGGCGGCACGAUGGCCUCCGUCGAGGCUGGAAUCCAGAGCGGCUCGGCUGCCGAUGGUGCGCAGGAGGCCGCUCUCCUCGGCCAGGCGUCGCAGGUGCCCUCGCCCAAGGUGAAGCUCGUCUACGAGCCGCCCGUCCGCGUCGCCGGAGCACCCAAGUAUGGCGCCUUCUUCAUCCAGUACCUCCCCAACCGUGCCGUGCUCCGGCGGUCAUGGCACCUCCUGCGCCUCCCGCCCUCGACGGUGAGCCACAAGUCGAACGGGCAGUUCUCGAACGACUCGGAGCCCCUGCCAGCGGACAAGGUGACGUUCGAGGAGGCGAUGAGCGGCAUGGGUGCGCGCAAGGUGACCUCGUGGAUCGGCGCGUUCCUGACCUCGCUCGUCGUCAUCGUCUUCGGCGCGCUCUACGUGAGCGCGGCGUGGUUCCGCCGCCUCGUCUCCCCUUGGGUGCCCAAGCCGGGCCAGGGCCCCACUCUCGAGGAGUGCGCCAAGGGCAGCACGCACCUCAUCAACGUCUCUGUCGGCCACGACGGAACGGCCAUCAAGACAGAGUACGUCGGCAAGGGCGACCCCGGAUACAGCCACACGGCGAUGUUGCUCGCCGAGAGCGCGCUGUCCCUCGCCCUCCCCGCGCCCAAGGGCACGAAGCUCCCGCCCCUCGCUGAUGUUGGCGGCGUCCUCACCCCUGCCACCGCCUUUGGCGGUGUGGUCAUUGAGCGCCUCCGCCUCGCCGGCGUCGCGGACAUCAAUGGCCAGAUCGUCCAGCCUCUCCAGGGCACCCACGCCGAGGGAAAGAAGGACCUGUAG